AUGACUUCGGAUCAUUGUCCCAUGUUUAUAAAGUUCCUUAAGGAUCCUUAUUCCUAUGGCCCAUCUCCAUUUCGAUUUCAGCAAAUGUGGAUUGAGCACCAAGAGUUUUUGGAUUUUGUUAAGAAUGUAUGGUCUGAACCGACAGUGGGUACGGGGCUUGAUAAUCUUGCUAGUAAGCUUAAAAAGGUUAAUGUGGCUCUUCGUGAAUGGAAUAAGCAGGUGUUUGGAAGGACCAAUGCUCAUAUUGCUUUUCUUGAAGAGAAGGUUGAGGGGCUUGAAGGGACUCUGCAAAGAGAAUGGGAUGUAGAUGCCAAAAGGGAGCUUGUGCUGGCCUCUGCUGAGUUGUCUUCUUGGAGACAUAGGGAAGAUAUGAGAUUAGCUCAAAUGGCAAAAAUUAAAUGGAAGAUGGAGGGCGAUCGUAACUCUAAAUUCUUUUAUGUAUGGUUAGCUAAUAAAAGACAUAAAAGAAUUCAAGGAAUGAGAACUCCGGACGGACUUGAGUUUAAUUCACCGGAAGCAAUUCAUAAUGGUGUCGUCGAUUAUUUUGUGGAUUUUCUUAAAAAUACUAACCAGUUAAGAGCAUUUCCAGAUUCAUCCCAUUUAAUAUCGUCGGUUAUUGAAGAAGAGGAUUGUGUCCGCCUUGUUGUAUCCCUUCCUUGGAUGAAGUCAAUGAGGCUCUCUCUUCUAUUCCUAUAA